AAAUGCCAGCACGGAAUAAACACAGCAGGUGGGUGCGUGAUUAUCUCGUCUGGCUAAAAUUACAUCUAUCCGGCGGUAUAAUGCGGUGAAAGAAACACAAGAUACCGCGUUCGCAACAGAAACGUCCUUGAAACGGCAGCAUUUCCUAGCAAUAGACAGGGUGCGCUUGUGUUUUUGUGUGUCUACUCGGUGUGAUUAUUUGAUUGAUAGGUUACAUUCCUUUUAAAACGAACGGCAGCUAUACGUGUGAAGGUUUGGUUUUACAAGCGAAACUCAACCCCGUUCCGCUACUCGUAUCAUCAGCAACAAAGUUUUUUUCUGGAGCAGUGUCUUUCAUCUUUACAAUCAUCAAAUAUUGACCAGAGAGACACGCUAAUGAUUCGCUAAGCAAACAACGCGGAAUCGACGAGAUUGGUGGGGGUCGCAGGUGGAUUCCCAUUCUAGCAAAUCAUGCUGAUCGCUAGCUGGUGCUCCUAGUGUUCCAGGUUUGCUACGGUGGAAGAGUUGCAUGCAAUCGCUGUAAAGAGACAGAACCGCGUGUACGGGGUCGCAAAAAGAUUGUAGUGGUAUCGGCGGUAUUUAUUGGCGAAACCUUGCCACCCCAGUGAAGGACAAAGUUUAGUAACGUCACCACUCGCUUAGACGACCUUCCUCCCCCGAACAAGUUUUCGGUGGCCGAAAUUUGUUGCUAGGACCAGUUACUGGUGCGCAUUUUUUUUGCAGACGAUUGCUUCUCAUUUCAACGGGUCGAUUGCAGCGAGAAGCAGGUGCGUGCCGCGUGUCCGCAACGUGGUGAACGUUAAAGUACAAUAGAACAGAUUGUGAAGACGUGUCUAGAACAGAAAAAGUACAGUUCAUCAUUAGGACAAUUGAGUUCAAAGGGGAAGUAACCCAUAGGAAAACUUGACGAUGGUAAAUAUGAAAGCAGCCCUUGCCAUCGCGUUGGUGUUUGUCGGUUGCUGUAGCAACGUGGUGUUUCUCGAGCUACUCGUUAAAAUCGAUCCAGGAUCAGGCAAUCUGAUCACUUUCCUGCAAUUCCUUUUUAUUGCUCUCGAAGGUUUUUUGUUUACAUCGAAAUGUGGCACUGUACGACCGCGAAUCGGUCUGAAGGAUUACACCAUCCUGGUGGUAAUGUUCUUCGUAGCGAGCGUUUGCAACAACUACGCGUUCGAUUUCAACAUUCCCAUGCCGCUGCACAUGAUAUUCAGGGCCGGUUCGUUGAUUGCGAACAUGGUCAUGGGCAUAUUGAUACUGAAGAAGCGGUAUGAUUUCUCCAAAUAUCUUUCCGUCGGUAUGAUUACAAUCGGCAUCGUGAUCUGCACGAUCGUGUCCGGCACGAAGGUGGAAAGCACACAGGUCGUCAAGAAUGCAGCCGACGAAGACCCGGUAUCAGUGUUCUUCUGGUGGACACUUGGCAUUGCCCUUCUCACGCUGGCCCUGUUCGUGUCCGCACGGAUGGGACUGUACCAGGAGGUACUAUACAAGCGGUACGGAAAGCAUCCGAAGGAAGCUCUCUUCUACACACAUCUUCUGCCGCUGCCAUUUUUUGCCCUGCUCGCUGGAAACAUCUGGGAACACAUACAGUUGGCAAAUGCAAGCCCAUUGCAACCUAUCCCAGCGCUUGGUGUAUCCGUACCGAUUACUUGGCUGUAUCUGCUAGGAAACGUACUGACACAGUACGUGUGCAUCAGUUCGGUGUACGUUCUAACGACCGAAUGCUCCUCGUUGACUGUUACACUGGUGGUAACGCUGCGCAAGUUUGUCUCGCUGCUGUUCUCGAUUGUGUACUUCAGCAAUCCCUUCACCAUACAACAUUGGAUAGGUACGAUAUUGGUAUUUGUUGGAACGAUCAUCUUCACCGAAGUAGUUGGAAAGAUCCUAGCUGCACUGCAGCCCGCACUGGACGAGAAGAAGAAGGUUAAAUAAGUGAGAGGCAAGGCUCACCUGGUGAUGGCAGUAUGCAGUUUGUUAACAGCAUUAGCGAGAGGCUGAAACGAUGCCGGAAAGGUAUUGCUAAUAUUAUAAAAAAGGUUGCUCUUGUAUGGAAGAAUAAGGAUAGUGUCGUAGGAUACUUGUUUAGCGCAUUACGUUAGACAUAGGAAUCUGCUUUCGAAUAGCUUAGCUUCUUUUUAACAUUUAUCUGACUCAAAUGGAUACAUUUUCUUAAAAUAUAGCUAAACGUCUUUGUCUUUUGAUGUUCGUACCACUUGUUACGAACGAAAAGGUACCAAUUGCCUCGAUAUUUUAUACACAAGUAACAAACGCGUACCUCUCACGUAGCUUAGUUAGGAGGAAAACUCACAUUUGUUUUGAGACGAUUUCUUACUGGUUGAAUGAAAUAUGUGCGGUGUAGUAUUGUUUCUAGUUAUAAACAUGCAUUGGCCCAAUGAUGAUUAGGUGUAAAAGAAGGAAGCGCAAAAUCAAACUUGUUGAAUCGUGCUAAUACACAGGUAAAUUAUUGCUCACGACGAUUAUUAGAAUUACGCCCGGUGGAUUUCUAUUCAGGAAUAAAAAGACAAAUAUUCAGAUACAAAA